CAAUCUGUACUUCCGGUUAGCCAGUGAUGGCUGACAUGAUGGGUCAGAUACCGAUGAUUCUAGUGUUUUCGGCGUUGAUUUUCCUUACAUGGAGAGAUUUAAUUCACACUGAACAAUCCCAAGACGUACAGAAGGACAUCAAGGCGCCCAAAUUGUCCAAAUUUGCUGGGCCUACUCUUAAGUUUAUGUUUUGCUACUCCUGAGGGUACAGAAAGGUCUUUGACCAAUAUGCCCAUCUUCUUCAUGAGCGAUUUCCGGUGCUUGACAUCCAGGGUGAUAAUUACCCACCACCUUCGGGUCGCGCCGCAGUCGCUCAAUUUCUCAGCAUCUUUAAACUGGUUCUCAUCGUUAUGGUUGUCAGUGGACAAAACCCAUUCCCUCAUUUAAAUAUGGAUACACCCAGUAUAUUCAACUGGGCUACAGAAAACAAGAUUUAUGCUUGUCUCAUGAUAUUUUUCAUCAGUAAUGCUAUUGAAGGACAGAUGAUCUCCACAGGGGCUUUCGAAGUCACAUUUAAUGAUGUCCCGGUGUGGUCAAAAUUAGAAACAGGAAGAAUUCCCCAACCUAACGAGAUGUUUCAAAUCAUUGAAAACCACAUGCGUUUAUAUACCAAUCCAGUGCAAUAGUGAAGAACAGACAUGUAAGUCUUCAAAUACAAAACACUUGAUUCAAGAACAGUAAUAGAAGAACAGAGACUGAACCAAUGAAAACCUUCAUUACAAACAGCCUUGCUGCCGAUGAAGAGUUGGAUGACCAAUCAGGAGCUGUCUUCUAUUGUUGUCAACCAAUCAGUGGAGAUGUGUAAUUUGAUUUUCAUGUCUGAUCAAAGAAGUGUGAUCAGUAUUGUUUUGUUUAAGGAAAACAAACAUAAUUCUAAGUUUUCAGCUUUGUGCAAACCUGCACACAUACUUGAAAUUUGUUUGUUAUGUCGACUAUCAACAUAUUUAAAUAACUUGUAAUGCAGAGUGAAAAAUUUGAAAAUACAAUGUAUAGAUAGAUUUCAUUGUAGAUAUUGUGUAUAUAGUAAAUAGAACAUUUACUACAGGCAUUGCAUUCAUAUGAUUUCUAAAUAGAAUUGGGUUCAUUGUCCUUAAAUCAUUCUGAGGCUGAAUUUUUAUUUUUAUUUUAAAUGCUUGUUUUGUCUACACUGAAGAAAAGGAGUUGUGGAGUGAGUGCUUGAUGUGUAUAUUGAAGUAGAAUGGGGUGAAUGAGUAUUAAAUUAAAUGUUCAGAGUGGAAAAAAAAACAAGGCAGAGUCCAAUCAUGAUGGAUGUUUGAAAGUCACAUUAAAAUUUAGCAUAGAAGAAUUGUAUUGUGAGAUGUUAAAUUCUUGGCUUUAUAUCUUUCUUAGUGCAUGCCUGUCCUGUCUGUAGUUCAUGUAUCUUAUUAUCUGUAUUUAUGUUCUGAAUAUUUUUCUGUAAGCAGAGUUGAUCAACUACAGUAAAACAAGUUUAUAGCGAACAUGUUUAUAACGUUUGUGCUUACAGUGGAUUGAUUUGCAUUUCCUGUAGUUUUUAAACAUAUGAACUUAUUGGAUUCAACAAAUUAUGUUUAUAAUUAAUCAAAAUUGUUUGUCCCGAGUACUUCACUAUAAACAUAUUUUACUGUAUUUAUUUAUUCAGAGAAAUAUCCAUCUCUCAGAGUGUAUUGAGUAUUUCAUGUGAAUGCGUUUAUGAUUUUAACAGGUCCAUGUAAAGACCGAAAAUAAUUUAUUUUGAUGAUCUUUUUCUACAAUGACUGAAUAAUGAUAUUAUUAAUAUUUAUGGAGUAAAUCCUUAAAAACAGCCGGAAACUUAGAAUAUAACAUUACUGGAAGUUCAUGUAUUGUGUUAAAAAGUGAAGAAUUAGUCUUAUUUGGGUAAGGUAGUACUGAUAUCUAUUAUAUUUGAUUAAUAGAAUUUAAUUUAUUGGAUUUCAAUAUGCAUGAAUAUUUAACAUACAUGUACAAAAUGGAAAUGCAAAAGAAAUUGACAAGUUUAGUUAUUUGGAAAAGUACUUGAAAACUAUAUAUGCAAUAUAAAAACAAAUUACAUAUUAAAACAUGUGUUAAAAUUUACAUACUUUUUCUGUCGUGACUAGAUUAACAAUGUACAUGUAAAUAUUCCAUCUGUUCACCAUUUUUACAUUGUAUAUGAAAGUGCAUUUUCUCUGAUUGUAUAGUACUACAGACUGAUGAUGCUGAAAGAACCAGUGAAUGUUAUCUCAAUAAAUAAAUAUCAUUUUGUCAA